AUGUCUACCGCCUAUUUUCUGUCCCGUUCACUGCUUCGAGCUUUUAGCCCUUUCAAGUUCCGGCGCGCGUCUACUCCAUUAUACUCAAGCCGAUGCCUGGCCACGCCUUCCAAUCCACAUGGCGCAUCAGUGGCAGCAGGUGUACGUGUCGACCAUGCUGAGGAAAUCGACAACCAGACCGUCGCUGCUAUGGGUCGCACCAAAGCAGGCAAAUCAUUGAAAGUACGCAAGUAUCCAACUUUCACUAGGCUUGAGGAUGAGCGCCUGUAUCGCAAACAGCACCUUGCCGCUGCUUAUCGGGUCUUUGCUUCACGCGGUUUUGACGAAGGAGUUGCAGGACACAUAAGUGUCCGCGAUCCUAUCAUGACCGACCAUUUCUGGCUCAACCCGCUCUCCACCCAUUUUUCAUUGAUGCACGUCUCGGACUUGAUCUUGGUCAAUGAAGAAGGCGAGGUGGUCGAAGGUGAUCAACCCAUCAAUGCGGCUGCAUUUGCUAUUCACAGCGCAAUACACAAGCGGCGACCGGAAGUACAUGCAGCAUGUCAUGCUCAUAGCGUACACGGCAAGGCGUUUAGUGCUUUUGGAAGAGAGCUUGAUAUGAUUACACAGGAUAGCGUGCGUUUCUACAAGAGCCACGGUGUAUACAACCAGUUUGGUGGUAUUGUAUUGGCAAGUGAAGAAGGCGAGAGAAUCGCUGAUGCGCUGGGCGACGGAAAAGCAGCUAUCUUACAAAAUCACGGUAUACUUACUGUAGGCAAGUCAGUUGAUGAGGCAGCCUUUUGGUUUUUAUCUCUCGAUAAAACCUGCCAGGCACAGCUUCUAGUAGAUGCGGCCGCAGCCGGAAGUGGGCACAAGCCAAAGAUCAUACCGGAAAGCGAAGCAGCUGAAACGUACAAACAAGUAGGAACACCUGAGAAGGGAUGGCUGGCUUUCCAGAGUUACUACGAUGAGAUUCUUGCAAAGACUAACGGUGAAUUUUUGAAAUAG